AUGACGUCCCUCAGUUCGCAGCCUCGCUACAUUUACAAGAUCGUGCCGUCCACCUCGCCGGUCCGUGAGCCUAUUCCCGAGCGGCUUGCGGUCAGUGACCUCGAUCAGGACUCUGGCUACAUCCACCUCUCGCAGGCGCAUCAGGUCCCAACCACAUUGAAGACCUUCUUCGCCGAAGAGCCUCUGGUCUAUGUAUUGCGCAUCGAGUACCACCGCGUGAUCCAAGAUAUCAAAUGGGAAUCACCAGACGGGAAGGUUAGCGGUCCUCGACCUGGCGAGGAACUUUUCCCUCAUCUUUACAAUGGACUGAGAUUGGGUAGAGAAGAGGUCGAGAGCGUUGCCAUUUGGCAGAAUGACGAGGGGUGGGACAAAGCUCUCGCUGGAGCGAGGCCUUGGCUUCUAUCUUGA